GGUUCCUACUGGGCGGUCCCUAAGACCUCUACUGCGACUCCGGCCGCGAACGGAGUCGCAAAGCCUGGCAAAACCAGGAACAUUGUGGAAAAGAUGGACGAGACUGGCAAGAACUGUGUUAUUUUCUAUGGAUCGCAGACCGGAACCGCCGAGGACUAUGCGUCUCGGUUGGCUAAGGAAGGAUCGCAACGCUUUGGCCUGAAGACCAUGGUUGCUGAUUUCGAGGAUUACGAUUACGACCACCUGGACACUUUCGGCGAGGAUAAGAUUGCGUUCUUCGUGGUUGCGACUUAUGGUGAGGGUGAGCCCACAGACAACGCGGCCGACUUCUACCAGUUUGCCACUUCCGACGACGUGGCUUUCGAGAGCGGUGCCGCCGCGGAUGACAAGCCUCUGUCUUCGAUGAAGUAUGUCGCCUUUGGUCUCGGAAACAACACCUAUGAGCACUACAACGCUAUGGUCCGUCACAUCGAUACUGCCCUCACGAAGCUGGGUGCGAAGCGCGUUGGUGCUGCCGCCCAUGUGGGCUGCUCUAUCGGAAUCUAUGACUUUGGAAGAACGUGACGCUGUCUACGAACCGGUAUUCUCUGUUUCGGAGGAUGACUCGACCAGCCCUGAUGAUGAGAAUGUCUACCUCGGUGAACCGACUCAAAGCCAUCUGGAAGGUCAGCCCAAGGGCCCGUUCUCUCCGCACAACCCGUUCAUUGCUCCCAUUGUCGAAUCUCGUGAAUUGUUCAACGUCAAGGACCGGAACUGUCUGCACAUGGAAAUCAGCAUCGCUGGAAGUGGCCUCAACUACCAGACUGGUGAUCACAUCGCAGUGUGGCCGACCAACGCCGGAAUUGAAGUCGAUCGGUUCCUCCAGGUCUUCGGCGUCGAGGACAAGCGUGGCACGGUUAUCAACGUCAAGGGUCUCGAUGUUACCGCUAAGGUCCCCAUUCCGACUCCCACCACCUAUGAUGCCGCCGUUCGUUACUACUUGGAAAUCUGCGCUCCCGUGUCCCGUCAGUUCAUUGCGACUCUGGCUGCUUUCGCUCCCGAUGAGGAGACCAAGGCAGAGAUCGUGCGCCUGGGUAGCGACAAGGAUUACUUCCACGAAAAGAUCACUGACAAGUGCUACAACAUCGCCCAGGCCUUGCAGAGCCUCACCUCCAAGCCGUUUACUGCCGUCCCGUUCUCGCUGGUCAUCGAAGGUAUCAACAAGCUCCAGCCUCGCUACUAUUCCAUUUCGUCUUCGUCUGUGGUGCAGAAGGAUAAGAUCAGUAUCACUGCUGUCGUCGAAUCCACUCAACUGCCUGGUGCUUCCCACAUUGUCAAGGGCGUCACUACGAACUAUCUCCUGGCCCUGAAGCAGAAGCAGAACGGUGACCCCUCGCCUGAUCCUCAUGGUUUGACCUACGACAUCACCGGCCCUCGCAACAAGUACGAUGGAAUCCACGUGCCUGUCCAUGUCCGUCACUCGAACUUCAAGCUUCCCUCGGACCCUUCGAAGCCGAUUAUCAUGGUUGGUCCCGGUACCGGUGUCGCUCCUUUCCGUGGUUUCAUCCAAGAACGUGCUGCUUUGGCUGCGAAGGGCCAGAAGGUUGGCACUACGCUUUUGUUCUUUGGUUGCCGCAAGAGUGAUGAAGAUUUCUUGUAUAAUGAUGAGUUCAAGACCUACCAAGACCAGCUUAGUGACUCCCUGAAGAUCGUCACGGCGUUUUCGCGUGAAGGUUCCCAGAAGGUGUAUGUCCAGCACCGGUUGCGCGAACAAGCCACUCUCGUCAGCGAUCUCCUCAAGCAGAAGGCCAACUUCUAUGUCUGUGGAGAUGCAGCUAACAUGGCCCGGGAAGUCAACCUCGUCCUUGGCCAGAUCAUUGCCGAACACCGUGGCUUUGGACCUGAACGGGGUGAGGAAAUGGUCAAGCACAUGCGCAGCAGCGGUAGCUACCAGGAAGACGUCUGGUCAUGAUAUUUCCUUGCAUUGACUCCGUUUGUUCGAGUUCCUUUUUAUUUUUUGUUUUUUAUUUUUCUCUGAUACAUAUAUGUCUUUUUACAUUAUUGUUUUUCUUUCGGGACUCUUUUCCCAUCUGGACGAUAUCGCAUAUAUUCCCCCGCCUGAUUCU